CUCAUUUCACUCUUACUCGUCUCUUGUGCAAACCAAGCACCAAGCAAUCAUGGCUGAGAGAGGCGGUGAACGUGGUGGCUUCGGAAGGGGAUUUGGAGACCGUGGAAGAGGCCGUGGUGGAGACCGUGGCAGAGGCCGUCGUCGUGGUGGUCGCCGUGACGCCGAUGAAGAGAAAUGGGUCCCCGUUACCAAGCUUGGCCGUCUCGUCAAAGACGGUAAGAUCACCAAACUCGAAGAAGUCUAUCUUCACUCCCUCCCAAUCAAAGAGCACCAGAUUAUCGAUCAGAUCCUCCCUUCACUGAAAGACGAGGUGAUGAAGAUCAUGCCCGUCCAGAAGCAGACUCGUGCCGGACAACGAACCCGGUUCAAGGCUUUUGUGGUCGUUGGAGAUGGGAAUGGACACGUGGGAUUGGGUGUUAAGUGUUCGAAGGAAGUUGCUACUGCCAUUAGGGGUGCGAUUAUAUUGGCCAAGCUAUCGGUGAUUCCGGUUAGGAGGGGUUAUUGGGGAAAUAAGAUUGGUAAGCCUCAUACUGUGCCUUGUAAGGUUACUGGUAAAUGUGGUUCGGUUACCGUCAGAUUGGUUCCUGCACCCCGUGGGGCUGGGAUUGUGGCUGCUAGGGUUCCGAAGAAGGUGCUUCAGUUUGCUGGUAUCGAUGAUGUAUUUACAUCUUCGCGUGGAUCCACCAAGACCCUUGGAAACUUUGUCAAGGCUACUUUUGACUGCCUGCUGAAGACCUAUGGAUUCCUGACUCCGGACUUCUGGAGAGAGACCCGAUUCAGUAGAUCUCCAUUCCAAGAGUAUACUGAUAUGCUGGCGAAGCCCACCACAAAGGCAAUUACUUAUGUUGAAGAUGUUGCUGAUAUUCCUGCUUGAGAAAAAGUAUGUUAUGGUGUUAGGACAUCGUUUUGAUAUAGAUUACCAGUUGUUGAAUGUUCUGAGUGAUUGAUACCUGUUUUGGCUGUGGCACAUUCAUAUUUCAAUCUUAUGCUUAUUUUCUACCAUCACUUUUAUGUUGAAUAUGUUCAGAGGAUC